UAAGUUCAACUAAAAAAAUGGUUAAAAAAUGAAUAAAAUUUGGCAACACUGCAAAAGCAAAAGUCACACGCUAGCAAGAUGCUAUCUAAAUGUUUAGUAGCCAGAUCUUCAGAACGCUGUCUGACAACAUGAAAUAUUCUAAAAGACCUGUUCUCUGUUCAGAACAAAACAACCCAGAACAUCUAAAGGCCUCUCAGUUGAGGUCGCGAUCAAUAUUGAACGAUAGGUUAAGAAAUGUCAUCCCUAGCAAAGAUCCAAGGCCAAAACAUCUGUUAGCCAAAAAAUAAACAAAGAUCUAUUUUCCAUUUGCUAAAAAAGGGAAGUGAGUGAUGACUUCCAGGAUAUUUGUGGAAAUAUCCUGUGGAUUUUUGGAAGGGGACUAUCCUGUUGCAGCCGGUGUAAAAUUAAUAAAGUAUUUCAGAAAAGUAGAAACAUUCAGCCAUGGUGGUAGUAUUAUGGUCUGUAAAUGAUGGAACUAUGAAUUUAGCUCGGUAGCAGAAAACCCUGCAGGAGAAAAUGUGACCUUUAACCUUUAACAUGGUAAUGCGUCAUGCUGAAUUCAGUCAGUUACUUAAAGAAUAUUGGGACGAAGGUCCUCCACAGAGACGAGAGACUCAGUAGCUCUUCAUUAAAGUUCUUGGGCGGUACCAGUUAUUAGGUUUACUACACGGGGCUGGGAUGGUUUGGAUGACUGUUUUUUAAAAUAAAUAAAAUCCUUUAAAAAUCUAAGUUUUGCAUUUACUCUUUUUUUUCCUGAAAUAAUUUUUUUAAAUCUGAAACAUUUAAAUGUGACAAAAAAGACAGAAACAGAGUUUUUCAUCAUUUGUCUACAUGGUGUACGCUUAGAGGAAUAAUUUUGCAGCGAUGAUGCAGUGUCAGCAUUAAUCAAAAUAAAUUAUUUUAAAAAGGGGUAAAAAUGUGGCUGCAGCUGCAUUUAAGUUACGAUUCUGAUGUGGCACCCAGGUCAGCUCUGUCAUUCUCCGUCACACCUGCCUUCUCCCAGGCCCAGCGAGAUGCCUCUGACCCCCACAGUGUCACAUGACAUGCCCAACUUCCAGGAGGAAAACAGAAAAUAUCAGAGCUGGAAGUCGUUGACAGAUCCCUUCCAACACGCACGUCUUCUUUAAAGCUUUUGGAAAUGUAAAUGCACUGUUUUGUUAAACCAAUGAAGCUUUUCAUACAAUCAGAGCAUUUGAAAUUAUAUUUAUAUAUUUACAUUUAGGUAUUUUGCUCAUUGUAAGAAUUCACCUGUCCCACACUCAGAAGUCAGCACAGCCAUUAUAAAUGUUACUCAUGUCAUCUGUUAAUGGUGAGUAUUUCACCAUCAUAAAGGGAUGCAUUCAGGUUCUGAUGGUCCGUGUUAUUGCGUAGCUCUGAUCUGUUGGUUGGACUGACUCCAGUUUGUCUCAAACAUCUAAAAGUAACUAAAGAUUUAAGCAGAAAUGGAAGUGUGUCCACAACUUUUUAGCUCAUGUGAAUCAGCAUUUAGUAAUGGUGAGUUCAUGGACCUGGAAUGAUACAGCCUUCUCUUUGCUGCAAGGCAGGGGUGUGUUCAUUGACUGAAGGAUUUUUGAGUUUCAGAAUAGCAGAUCACUGAUUAAACCAAUCACGUUGAAUAUUGGUCACCUCCCAACACUAGAGGAUGUUUUAUUUUGAAGAAUCAGUAAUUUUAGUCUUAAACAAUGAGUAAACAUAAAUUAUGCUUUCCUUUAUUUUUCUAAAUAGUUUUUCCUGCAACAACACAAAUAUUCAAGUAAAAUAAGCUUUUUAAUUAAAAUGUUUGGGAUUUACACACUUCAGAGUUCAUUCCUUUUUUGAUUUUGAGUUGAUCUAAGUCAAAUGAUGCCUAAGAUGCUUCUGAUCUGUUUCAGCACCAAACAGCUUGUAGAGCUUUUAUCUGUGUCAGCUCUGGACAGCUCUGUCUUCCGUUUCAGAACCCGGGAAGCUCCUUCCUGGGUUUCAGGACCGUGGACAGCUCCACCAAACGCUGCUCCGUGUCUCACAGAAGCGGUCAAACGGAGAUGGAUGCCUCUCCUGGAGCCCCAUGAGGUGAUGGAGAAGACGGGCUGCGAACGCGCACGGGUCCUGGAGUCUCUCCGGGGCUUCUAGAUCCUCCUCGUUGUGGUCGGAAAAGGGCGGAGUGCGUGUGCCAUCCAAGCGAGAAGCUCCUGACUCCUAAAAUAUAUAAAUAUAAUAACAACAACCUGCCCCUUUACCCCUCCUUCCUUCCGUCCCUCCCUCCGUUCUCCUUUUUGAUUCAGUCUAUGUAGCCCACACGCAGAAGGAGAACAUCCGCCGCACAGCGAACAAGACUGGGAGCGUAAGAGGAGAGGGGGGUGGGGUGGGGGGACAGCUGCAAGCGGAUCUUCAGCAUCAACAAGCUGCAUCUGUGAGGAAGGGGAAAGGCUUUGGAGAGGCCGUUGGAAGGGUUUCCUGGCUGCUGCUUUCAACAACAGAGGCGUGGAGGCUUCAGGAAAUAUCCCACAAGUGGCGAUGCAAUGGUUUAGCGGAGCAGUUUGGUAGAUUUUCCCCAUCACGUCCGCCCGACGACGCUUAAAUCCCUCCUAAACAUCUGUGAACGCUUUCUGUGGGGGAGAUGGCUGUUUCCCGGCUGUCUUUGCUGCUGCAAGUGGGAAUUUUGCUCGGAUCAAACCACAUCUCCUCGCUGUGGUCGGAUCACGGGGGAGACAUCAGAGCACAGGAGGCGAUCCCCGGCGCUCAGACGCACCGCCGGCAGCUGGCGCAUCUCAGUGCGCAGGAGACAGCGGGGCUGCCGCAAAAGAUAGAGGAGCAUCUCCCCAGAGUGGUCACAGCUUUCCUGCACACGGGGGACUCGACCACCUUAAAGCACGCCAACUGCUCGCGGAAGUACGAGCUCUCCUCUCUGCGGGGAAGGUCACACACAACCCCGCAUUACUCCAUGAGCAGCGUGCUGGACACGGUGCUGCACGCGACAAACUUCCUCAACAUGAUCCUCCAAGCCAACAGGUCCAGGGAGCACAAUCUCCGGGGAGACAUCGAGUGGUACCACGCCUUGGUGCGGAGUAUCCUGGAGGGAGACACCAAGAUCCACCGGGCGGUGGUGACUUUUGGCGGGGACUCGUCGUUUGCGGGGCCAUCGAUGCUUCUCCAAGCCACCAGGGCCGGUGGAGAGAUUGUGCUCCAAGACCUCUCCAGCGUGGCGCACCGCCAUCUGCACAGCCGCACCGCAGACACGGAGUGGUACCACGAGAUGAAAGACAGGAAGAACCCCAGUUUUCAGAAAAGGGUUCUGAGCCAAGAUCUGAGAUCUGCGGACAGAUCUUCCAAAAGAACAGAGAGCUUCAUCCCGGACAGAACGCACGUCAACUGGUCUGCUCCUUACUUGGAGUGUGAAAAUGGGAAUUUUGUUCCCCGUUGGCUUCUGACUCUAUCAGCUGCUUUCUAUGGCUUGAAAUCCAACCUGGCACCUGAAUUCAGGGGCGUGGUGCGAGUUGAUGUUAAUCUGCAGGAUGUUGAUAUCGACCAGUGCUCCACCGAUGGCUGGUUUGCAGGAACCCAUCGAUGCAACCUGACCACCAUGGAGUGUCUGCCGCUCCGUGGACACGGGUUUGUGUUGGACAAGUACCGGUGCAGCUGCAAAAGCGGAUUCUACCAUCCCAGCAGAGUGGCCGUCAACGGCUUUAAACAGACCAGUAGAAAAGGAGAGGCUGCAGCUGGAGGUCCAGGUUCAGAGGACAGCUCCUCCAUGGACUGCAUGCCGUGUCAUCAGAACUGCGCCUACUGUAAGGACGACUCCCCCUGCGUGGUGCUGGAGGAUGGUGCUCUUCGUCUGGCCGUGCUCUCCUUUCAGUGCCUCUGCAUGCUGAUCGUCUUCAUCAGCAUGGUGCUCAUCUACCACUUCCGCAGGACUAAGAGUAUCAGAGCAUCAGGACUCGUUCUGCUGGAGGCGAUUCUAUGCGGAGCUCUUCUUCUGUACUUCCCGGUUGGGAUUCUCUAUUUCCAGCCGAGCGUUUUCCGCUGUAUUUUGUUGCGAUGGGUUCGACUGCUGGGCUUCGCCACCGUCUACGGGACCCUGACCCUUAAACUGUACAGGGUGCUGAAGGUAUUCCUGUCCCGUACAGCUCAGAGGAUCCCCUAUAUGACCAGCUGGCGAGUGCUGCGCCUGCUGGCCAUCAUCUUGCUCAUCGUCUGCUGGUUCCUGGUGGCGUGGACAUCUGCCGUCUGUCAGAACCCGGACAGGAAGUUGGCUCUCAUCGAUGUGGGCUACACGCCCGAAGGGAGCCAGUUCAGCAUGUGUCUCCUUGAUCGCUGGGACUACAUGAUGGCAGUCGCGGAGUUCCUUUUCCUGCUGUGGUCGGUGUAUCUUUGUUAUGCCGUGAGGACGGUGCCGUCAGCGUUUCACGAGCCUCGAUACAUGGCCAUCGCCGUCCACAAUGAGCUUGUCCUGUCAGCUAUAUUUCAUGUCAUCAGGUUCACUCUCGCCUCUGAGCUCCAUCCAGACUGGAUGCUGCUGCUGUUCUUCACCCACACCCACUUGACUGUCACCGUUGCUUUGGGACUGCUGCUCAUUCCCAAGUUCCUGUUUGCUGGCACCCACAUGAGAGACGACAUAGCGUCCGAGGCCUAUGAAGAUGAGCUGGACAUGGGUCGCUCCGGGUCGUACCUUAACAGCAGCAUAACCUCAGCGUGGAGUGAGCACAGCCUGGACCCAGAGGACAUCAGGACGCCAGAAGAAACGGGCCAUCACAGUUCUAUUAAUGGCUGUGGCGUAAGAUCUCGCGACAGCCAUUGGGAAAAACGUACCAACGAGGAGUUGAAGAAGCUUUACUCCCAGCUGGAGAUUUACAAGAGGAAGAAGAUGCUGGCAAAUAACCCCCAUCUGCAAAAGAAGAGGAGCUCUAAGAAAGGGCUGGGCCGAUCGCUGAUGAGGCGCAUCACCGAGAUUCCAGAGUCUGUGCACCGACAGUGCAGCCGCGAAGACAAAGAGGGAGGGGACCAUGGGAGCAAUCGCAACAGCAUCUGCAUGUUGAGGAAGAACCCCGUAGAUACAAGUCAUCAAAUCAAAUCGGUAAAGGAAGAGACUUUAAAGAACAAGGUUUUCUCCCUGAAGAAGUCCCACAGUAGCUACGACCAUGUCCGGGACCAAAACGAAGACUCCAACAGCGCUGCGGCAGACAAGAUGGAGGUGACCACUCCUGACGGGUCCAUGUUGGAGACACUCAUGGGCAAAAAGCUGGUCAAGAAGCAGUCUAGUGAGAAUGUGAAUGUCCCCAGUGAGUCUACAGAGUCAGUUCCUUUAGUCUGCAAGUCAGCCAGUGCCCACAACCUUACCGCUGACAAGAAACCACUUCAUCCUCGAGCCUCCAUGCUACAGAAGUCCCUGAGUGUCAUCGCAAGCGCCAAAGAGAAGACUUUGGGCUUGACUGGAAAGACCCAAAGCACAGACGACAGCAACAGGAAGAAUCAGCCAAAGAGCAAAGACACAAAGGCAAAUUCAGAGGCAGAAAAUGAAUUACAGCUCAAGAUGAAUAUCAGCCAGUCGGUUGAGUACAAACAAAGCACAGCUAAAGGCAGGAUUAUGAAACAGCCAACGAGUGGCAGCCAGCCCACAAUCUUUUCUGAUCCAAUCAAGGGAAAAGACCUCUAUGACGUCUCAGAAGUGUGUCCCUGGGAGCUGGAAGAUCUUCCAACUCCGUCCGAGAACAAGAUCCAGAAACAUGUUUCGAUAGCACCAAGUGAAACCACUACGAUUCAUGGAGGCAGCACUAAAGGAAGCAAAUCUCAGAAACAGAAAGCUUCUGAUCAGUCGCCAUCGGGAGGCAGGCACUCGAAGGAGAGUCCGAGGACAACAGCUGUUCGAGCUGAGAUAUGUCCAUGGGAGGAAGGAGAGACACAAGUCAGCCAAACGGAAGGAUCCAAGUUACAAGUAUCUAGUCAGUCUAAGGCCAAGCAGAUUACAGCAAACCGACCAGAGGUUUGCCCGUGGGACUUCGACGAGCCACAGAAGACAACAGAAUCAGCCCGAUCGCCAGAUUCAGCAAAGCAGAGAAAGAGCCCCUCUCCAGUGGACGGGAGGGGGAAAAGCACCGUAUCAGAUGCUCCAAAGGUGGGAGCAUCACUUCAACCACCAACAUCAAAAGCAGACAUAUGUCCCUGGGACUAUGACAACACUGCAGUUUCCCCAAAUCUGGAUAGGACAUCUAAUCCAACACAAGCACCCAAAACUAAAGAGUCACCCUCCAAAAAGAAAGGCGCCCCUUUCACGAGGACAGCUGAGAAAGACCUCGAUGAGAAAAGUAGAACAAAAGUUCAGGAGAAGACUAAAUCUUCUGAGAAACAUAUGAGCCUGCAGAAAAUGGCCGAGGUCUGCCCGUGGGAUCUAGAGGGUCCACAGGAGGUGCCGUUGGUAGAAAAGAGGAAAAGCGCAAACGUUGGAGCGGCGAAAUCCAAGCAGGCAGACAUCUGUCCGUGGGAUUUUGAGGAUUCGUCCAAUAAAAAGGGCACCGAUAAAAGUGCCCCUUUAGUAAAGCAGAGCAAUCCGAAUUCUAAAGGUGGAGCUUCAGUUUCUGCUGUGAAGGCAGAUGUUUGCCCCUGGGACUUUGAAGAGGGCACAUCAAGCAAGAAGGCAUGACACUCGACCUAACCAGACCACUGAAAUGAUAGUUAUCAGUGUAUACCAUUUUUUCCACUUGGAAAUUGUUAAAUGUUACCUUUUACUACCUGUACGGUAACUUGGAAGCAAAGUUGAUCCACAAGUUGCCUUCCCUUCCAAGAUUUUGUUCCUGUUUUACAUAUUUUGAAAUAUGUACAAGAAAACAAAACAAAGUCAAGAAGAACAUUCCAGAUUAUUACAGGAAAUCCCUGAAAGUAAAUCAGACCAAUUAUGCAACUUCUUAUCCAACCUUUUCAUUUCAUGAGCAACGUCAGCAAUCUGUUCUCGCCUUCUUUUGCCUGGUACUUUAUUGGACUGAGAUAUGACACGACUGCAAAGACAUAGAGAAGUAACGUCGCGUAUGACUCCAACUUUUACAUUAAAUUUAAAGAACAAAACAGCAAAGGUGAACGUCAAAAGAAAAAGAGAGCAAUGGCAAAGAAGGACUCCGGUCUACAGCCUGUAGGUUCAAGAAUUACCGUAAAUCCUCUAAUACAGGCCCGGGCCUGUAUUUGACUGAAGCUCAUCAAGCUCCAGGCCUUUAUUGGAAGGAGGGCCAGAAUUAGAGGCAGGUCUCUAUUUCUAUUUGAGCAAAAUGAACUAAUGGUUCGCUGGAGUUUUUGACAAUUAAAAUUGCGCCCACAUUUUCAAAGUUAACACAUUUCUUUUAACAACGGUAGUUUCUGCUUCAGCCCUCUCCCCCCUCCCCCUGCGCAGCAGCCGCAAACUCACUGAUGCGCCUGCAGCCUCUCAGAGUUCCUGCUGCUCUAAACAUUAAAAUAAUUAUUUCAUUUUCUGUUCCUCACUUCUGAUUACCUUCAAUGGUGUCUGUUUGUUGCAACCACCAGGUACAAAAACUAACUUGUUUUUAUUUGACUAUUUUUCUGUCCUGCCUGUUUAUUAUCUUCCUGCAUCUCCUCUCAAUCCUAAAGAGAAACUGCUACCUGGGUUCAUAUAUAUUCACCUCAUGAGUUACCUUUGAACUGCAGUUCUAAAAGAUCUACCGACCGCAAAAACAGCGGAGUGCUCGCUGCUUGGUGGCCGCGUGAUCGGUGCGUCACCGGAGGACAAGCUGAUGUGCCCCGCUCCACAGCAUGCAGCGAAACACAUCAGGCGCAAAUAAAAAACAGAAAUCUUUAAAGGAAAUGAACCCACAUGAACGAUCGCGUGUCAGUACCGACGCUCUGGUACAGCCUCCUCUUGUCUCUGCACGGUUAAAGUUACCCUCGCGGUCUAUCACUGGCAAAUCAAAAGUGAGACGAUGACACAACCGCCCCCCGUACUAGCUUGUUACCACAUUUCACCCGGCCACAAUAAGAGACCGGCCUUUAUUCACCUCCGCCGACUCCGACACCGGCCAUAAUUGGAGACCAGGCCUUUAAUUGAAUACCGGCCUGUAUUAGAGGAUUUACGGUAGUUUGUGUUUUGGUCACAAAAAGAGGAAAAUCUGUCUAGAGCACUUUAGCUAAUUUCAUAAACUUAAAUGGAAGGAUGGAUUCUGUCCUUCGUGAACAUUUAGUUUAAUUUUCAAACUCAUAACAUAUUCUCUCAUGGACCAUCCCACACAGACCAAGGUCAUUUGUGUUUUUAGAUCUAUUUAAUUGUAGUUCUCUACAGAUUAAAAUGCUUCCGGUUCUGCAGAGAUGUACUAUAUUUGUGCCUAACUAACUAGAAUUGUCUUGUAUUUGUUUGAAAGGAAGCAGGUGGCUUCCUCACUGGGAUUUUGUGACAGUGGUCCACAUAAACGGCAUGCGCAGCCAGAUAUUGAGUAGCUGGACCCUACUGGUUGUCCAAAGAUCAGCGCUGGUGUUUCUAGACAACAUAUAUUCAGUACUAGAUAUUUAUGUUACCUUUUUUUUUAAUAACCCUUAAAGCUAAAGGUCGUGAACAAGGAAAAAGAAGCCGGUUCGGUCUGAAUUCGACUCUAAUUGCUUGUAUGUUCAUGCAUGUAAACAUUAAGGAAAGAAAUAUACAGAAGGAGGGAUUUUGCACCAGCUUUGUUUAUGAAUCCAGCAUGGGUCUUCGUGUUGCACUAAAUGUGUGUCUGUGGAUGCAAAAAUAGGAAUUUACAGGAAAGAUGUGAUGCAGUUAUCCGAAAAGUACCGUAAGACUGAGUCCCGUGCUUUUGGUUUUAGUACGAAUGCCUAAAAGUGAUAAUUCAGACUUCAGUGAUGUCCUUAUAUCUUACCUGCUAUAGACAUGUAGCUUUGUGACCAAUCUCUGUUUGGAGACAAGUGUUUGCAUUCUGAAAAGAUCGAUAAGCUAACGGCUAGUCCAAGUGAAACAAGAGAUAAGUGUUACUAUUAAUAACCAUUUCGAUCAAAGUUUACCAAAAGAUUAGAAUUAAUGCAUUUGCUUGAAGCCACAGAAAGUCAGAGAGAAUGGAAGUUAGCAUCACUCUGACUAGCUGUUAGCUUAUCAACCUUUCAGAAAUGAGGAUAUUUAAGGAGCUACCAGGUAUGAUAGUCAUUGUUCAUAAUUUUAACUAAACCUUAUUUUAAAAUAAAAUUGAUUUAUGACUUUGUUUUUUUUUUGGGGGGGGGGGGGGGGUCAUUGCUAUCAAGCUAUUAAAUAAUCAAGAUAAAUAAACCCAAAGUAGACUUAGCGUGGUGCUUAUCGAUCAAGAAUCUGACCAAACCUGUUGAAGGUUUCUUGUUCCAUGUUUUGUAUCAAAAUAUCUCAAUAUUCAUCAUGCAUUCUUCAAUCUAGAACCCAAGGUUAAAAAAAGUCGUGUUUAAAAGUGUUGUUGAAUCCCCAACUGUAACAAUGUUUGCAGUCAUGUUCAAUUUUGUAUCAGUGUAGCAUCUAAAAUACUCCUCUUUUGAGAGUUAUUCAGUGUUGUCACCGAUUGUAGCUGUGAUUGCAUUCAGGUUCCUCAAAGCAAGACGGCUCAGCUCUGUAAGGGUUUCUACAAAAACAACAACUCUUGCCAAACCAGGUUUCUUCCAAACAAAUAUAGCUAAUGUCGCUUUUAUAGAUUCAAACAUGGAACAUGUCUGAAAUUUGGAUUAUUCAACCUCUGAUGAGAAAUGUGUCAUUGUGAUUGUGCACAGAUCGAUUGUAAUAAUCUAAAAGGAGAAUGUUAAGAACUACAUUAUCAGUUUGAAGAGAAAAGUGAGCAUUGUGAUAGGACAACAGAAACGUUUUCCUACAGUGAGUCGACUUUAGAGUCACUGCCAUGUCAGAUUUACUGCCCUGCGUGAUGAGUAACAUGGUGCCUCUUCGUUGUGCUUUUUGAAGAAAGCUAGAAACGUGUAGAUGUGUUUGUCUGAAUGGGAACUGUUUUUUAAACGAUCGUACUAUUAGCUAAUUUGAAGCUCUUUAAGAUUUUGGUCAAACCAUACGUGAAGAAUAACCAAAACAAGCAAUAUUUAAUGGCAAUUUCAAAGAUGAUGAAAUGAGUUUUUAUUAAUUAUGCUAUUUUUUUGCACACGUCCAGAUAUAAAGUAAGGCAAAUGAGAAAAUGCCAUGAGUGCAAUAUCCCACCAUUGAGCUAAAGCUCUCCUCUUAUUCUGCAUUGUGGUGAAUCCACACUGUAAUUUAUUUUCUGAUUGUCAUAUGACUUCAGUCAUUUCAUAGAUGUCUGUAUUAAACUGUGAUUCAUAACUGGUGUCCGUCACUGUAAUUUAUCUUCAGCAUCACUGAAUCGGUGCAAGUUUUGAACCCUAGCUCGGGUGUACAAGUCCAGACCGUCGUCCUUGUGCCAUCAUAAACAACGCUGUUGUCUUGUAGUUUUCCACUGAUCUUUACCAUGGUGCAUUUCUGUUGGCUAGCUGUUUUUCAUUUAAACCAGACUUCUUAUUUUCGUGGUCAAACAAAGUCACACUAUGGCAAAUACAACUACUAGUACUGCUACUACUAUUACUACUACUACUACUACUCCUCAAUGAUGUAACGUCGUAAAUCUUGCUCUUGUGGCUUCUGCAUGAAUUCAAGAAAUUACUAGGACCGAUGUUUCACUGCCCUUGAUAGAACUAAAAAGGAAAAACUUUAUAUUUUAUGGACUGUUACAAGUUGUAUAGUGAGUGGUACUGUCCCUAACCCACUGUAUCCUGUGCUUGUUAUGACUAUUGCUCUAUGACAAGCUUAUAGCAUCAAUAUAUGGGAAUAUUUGGUAGAUUUAUAUUGUGUUAUAUUGUGACAGCAUGUACAUAAAAGAUACCUCCUCUGCAAUAAAUAUUUAUAUAAAAACGA